AUGGCUGAAGAGACUGCUAUUCCUGAACCAGAAAUCGUUAAGAUUUCCGUAUUCACUCCUUUAAUUUAUGUUGGUGUUGUUUUAACCAUUUUUAUUGCAUUUUCAAUUAAUUAUAGAAAAAGAAGAUUGGCGUCAUUGACCAAAGUUACUCCAUUAUUUAAAGAAAACUAUAAUGCAAUGUUAUAUCAAGAAUUAAAAGCUCAGUAUAUCAAUAAAGAUCUUCCUAAGGAACAAAGACCACAUGAAAAGGUAAUGAAAGCUGCAUUAUUAAGAAGAGCAGUCGAAGCAAUUAGAAGAUCAAUGAAAUUAAAAGAAAAUGAACCAAUUUUUAAUAAAUUAUAUCAACUGGGGUUAAUUGGUGAUGAUAUCUUUAAACAAUUUGAAAUUCAAGCUAAAUUUCAAGAAUUGGAAUUGAAGGAAAUUGUUCAAGAAUGUGAAACCUAUAAAAAAGGUUGGGUUCAAACUUUCUUCCCUACUGCUCAAGAUAUUUGUUUUAAUGAAGCUUUGAGAAGAAGACUUAAUGCUAUGGAAGGUAGAGAAAAGGAUUUGGCUGAAUUCUGGGAUUAUUUUGUUGGAAAAUCAGAGGAAUCACUUGAUGAUAAGAAGCAAGUAAAGAAGGCCAGUAAGGAGACUAAGAAGAUAGAAUCAACACCUAAAGAGCAACAAGAAAAAGUAGAAGAGCCAGUUGUAGCAGACCUAGAGGCGGAAGGUGAAGAUGAGGAAGAAGAAUCCCCCGAGCAUGAAGAACAUGAAGAACAAGAUGAUGAAAAGAAGGAGAAUCAUUCUAAAUCCACUAAUCCUAAGAAGAAAAAGAAAGGAGGAAAAGGCAAAAAGAAGUAG